AUGGCCUCCCCAAAGCUCACAACAGCUGAUGGCCAGAACACAGGCUCCGGCCUUUCUGGUCAGUAUGACGCCUCACCACACUCAGACAGCCCAGAAAUUGCGGAGGAUCAAUCCUCUAUCGAUGAUGUCGCCGACGACCAGGGGCCAAAGCCACAGCCUCUGCAAAAGAGGCGGCGUGUAACCCGUGCAUGCGAUGAGUGUCGACGUAAGAAAAUCAAAUGCGAUGGAAAGCAACCAUGCACCCAUUGCACGGUAUACAGUUAUGAAUGCACCUACGACCAACCGUCCAACCGUAGGCGAAAUGCAACACCACAGUACAUUGAAGCUCUAGAGAGCCAAUUAAAGCGUGCGAAAGCCCUAUUGCACGUUGUCUUUCCGAGCAUAGACUUGAACGAUCCUGGCAUUGACGCCCACCUGCAAAAUGGAAUGCUACCACAUGCACCUGUCGCCGCUCCACGUCCCGCGAUGGUACCUACUGACCCACGCUUGUCGCAACAUCACAUCCACCCACAGGUCGAGGUUGCGGAUGACUCCCACUUGGAAGCAAUGGUGAAAGCAACGGGCCAACUAGAUCUCGAUGAAGAAGGCAACUGGGACUACCAUGGCCACUCUUCAGGACUCAGUUUCAUGAGGGGACUGCGACAAUUCGGAGAUAUGUUCCAAGUGCCCCCAGAUUCGUCGCCAUCUCUGAAGCACCGCAAUAUGUCCGUAGACCCUCCCUCGCCAUCCUCGACGCGAUCACUCGCUGCCUCUUCUACUGCGUUACCAUCAGGGACAGGUUUACCGAACAAGAAGGAAGCUCUCAGCUUAUGCGAAAAUGCGAUAAUCGAUGCUGGUGCAAUGCAAAGAAUUGUUCAUUUGCCAACCUUCUACAAGCAGUUGGAUCGCAUGUACGACACCCCUGCUGAGGACUACACCAACGCGGAGAACAGUUUCUUGCCUCUGUUGUACGCCGUGCUAGCACUGGGCAAACUCUUUUCACAGGGUGAAAACGAGGCUGAUAAGUCGAACUAUGAUGCACACGUCGACGAAGGCUUUCGAUACUUCAAAGCCUCCCGCCAACUACUUGACAUUACCGACUGCCGCGACCUGACGUCUCUACAAGCGAUCGUAUUCAUGAUACAAUUCUUACAGUCAUCAGCAAAGCUCAGCACCUGCUAUGCCUAUAUUGGAGUUGCUUUACGAUCAGCUUUGCGUAUGGGUUUGCACCGUUCGUUCAACAGAAACUUCAAUCCCAUUGAGGCUGAAACUCGCAAGCGCCUGUUUUGGGUUAUUCGGCGGAUGGACACAUACGUGGGCGCGAUGCUCGGGCUACCACGAUUCCUCGAAGACGAGGAUAUCGAUCAGGACUUCCCGAUGGAGGUAGACGACGAAUACAUCACCGAAACCGAGAUUUUGCCCAUGCCGGAGGGAAGUAUCUCCGUGAUGUCAGCUUUUAACGCGCACACGAGGAUCGUGCAAGUUCUUAGCAAGAUCUGCAGAUAUGUCUACCCCAUCAAGGGUACCCAGUCUGGCGGCAAGAACUCUGUUACAUAUACAGUCAAGUACUCCAAGAUCCGCGAACUUGAGCAAGACUUGGCACAAUGGCUGGACGAACUGCCCAUGGCUCUCAAGCCCGGAGGCGAGGCGCCACACAUUAUCAUCAGGGUGCAACAACUACUUCGUAUGGCUUUUGGGCAUGCGCAGCUUCUGCUCUAUCGUCCUUUCUUGCACUACGUAUCAUCGACGUACAACGACAACAUGACCGAUCAGCGAGCGUUUGCAUGCGCUUCUGCAUGUGUGAGCGUCUCACGAAACAUCAUUCAUAUCACCUCAGAGAUGAGGCGACGAGGACUGUUGGCUGGGGCGUAUUGGUUCUCCAUGUACACGACAUUUUUCGCGAUUGUUUCCAUAUUGUAUUUCGUCUUGGAAAACCCUAAUAGCCCCACCAGCCUCGAGCUACUCCGAGAUGCUGCAGAGGGCAAGGAAGUCCUUGCAUACUUUGCAAAGAGGAGCAUGGCUGCUGAUAGAUGCAGUUCAGCACUCAACUCUAUGUUCGAAAGACUACCCGAAGCAGUCAAGCAAGGAAGAGAGAUCCAGGAAUCAAGGAAGCGACGACAGGACAGCUCUCCUCAAUCGCUCAGUUCACGACCACAGCUCAUCGAAAGCGAUUUGGCAGUGCCACGCCGAGCCAGUACGUUCCCUGAUAGCCAUCCGGACUCUAAUCGCACUGCCCCUGGUCCGUCUUUGCCCAUAUCUCAAACACAUUACGCCAGCCUCGGACUGGACCCAUCUUUCAAUUCCCCGUCACCGUCUAACGCAGACUUCUUUGAGGGAGUACCUGGUCUUACGCCAACUUCUUCUAAUGCCAGCCUAGGACAGUUUGGUGCGCUUCCGAACCGCCCAUCAUUCCCUCCUACGCCAUUGUCGAACUCAUUUACAGAUCCCUCCGGUCUUAAUGUUCCAAUCUCGGAUAUCUCGACUAUGAUGUUUCCUUCUGCCGAUCCUUUGGCCUACCCAAAUCCUCCGAUGACAACAUUUGAGAACAAGCACCCUCAAGCGUUCGACCGCAGACUCGAAUCUUCGUCCGUAGUUGGCCCCACCUCUGGCACGGAUUUCAAAUCUUAUCCCGCGAUAUUUGCACCGAGUAGUAUGCCCGCAGGCGCUCUGCGUCGACACGAGAGUGAAGCACAGCUCUUUGGGCCCAUGCCCAUGUACUUGAUGCAAGCUGCACAGACUCAGAGGGGGCAACCGAUUCACUCUGGCAGCCCGAGUAUGCACCAUAUCCCCGGCCAGAACAUGCAUUUUGACGAACUACUAAACCAAGAAGAAUGGGCGCAGACAUUCAUGGAUCCUGGAAUGGGACUACCAAGCUCGAGGACGCCGUUUGGUGGAAACUCCCAAUUUCAGCCGCCUGGAGCAGGGGUGGGUGGCUGGCGAUGA